AUGUGCGCGGUGAUAAUUGGUGCUGACGCAAAGGUUAUGCCCUAUGCCAUUGUCACUUGUACGCCUGGUUCACUUGUACCUCAAGCCAUGAUCUGUCCGAUCGCAGCAUCGCGCUCCUUCAAUAUUGCCGCAAUCCGCGCAAAGCACACGCCUUUCGACAAGUGCUACGAUCAGUGCCAUGCAACACUGACUAAGGAGAACAAAUUAGACGAAGAGACCAAGCUGGUUACGUGUUACAACAACUGCAAGAAACAUAUGACCGAAGAAGAGGCAACGCGCUAUAAGCAAGUAUUCCAAUCAUUAGCAAACUAUGUAGAGCGCUUUCUGCGACUGAUGGAUUCGGCAAACUGAAAUAAGCAACAUCAACUUGU